AUGCAAGGGGGUCGAGGAAACCCGAGAGCAACAACAACAGCACAUAUCCCUGCCAGCUCUCGUGCACUCAACAUCCCCGAGAUAUUGAUGGCUAUCGGCGAAUGCUUCUACCUCUCCAGCGACGGGCAAGCCGCCAAGAGGGCCGCCAACAGAGACAAAAUCAUCUCCCUCAUCGCCUUCAUCCAGGUCUCCAAGCUCUGGUUCAGGACUUUUCAUCCUAUCCUCUGGCACUCCUACAACCCUUCAACAAGCACUGCUUCUCUCAACAUUCAAUCUCAAUCAAGGCUCCGCACAUAUGGAUCGUUUACGUCUUUGACAAACUGUCAAAGCAACUCAGCUGUACUCAGCUGGUCGUCCUGGAACUCUUCAAGCCUGAGACUGCAUCACGUCGACGACCAACACAGGACAAGCGAGCCGGCAAGGUGUCUCCGCAAGUACUGUCCUAAUUUCAAGGAGCUGACGAUUCACUACGUCCACAGCCAUAUAGAUACCGACUCUGCUACCAUCGCUCCUCCCAUUGCUUUUAUUCGAGAUUGCUCUGCAUCUGGCCUGAACAAGUUGAUUGCAUGGGACGCGCCAUGGCACGACAACGAGUUGUUAUCGGCCAUUAUCUCGCACGGGACACUUGUGGAUUUGAAGGUUUCAUGGGCUGUCGAUGAUAGCAUCGAUCUACAGGACUCGGUGUAUCCUUCCGCUCCUUAUGCAGUGUCGCCAACUUAA